AUUCUCCCUCUGUGUGUGCUCGACAAUCCCAUUAUGAUGGAGUAGAGGAUCGGACAUUUGGCUGCCCUGCUGAAUACCAAAGUCUGCGUGGUGCGUGGGGUACAGAGGGGGUCCGAGGGGGUACAGAGAGGAGACGUGUGGGAGGAGCGAUAUAGCGUGUUCUGACGGUAUUGCAACAGUGGACGACGUACGCUUAUCUACCUCGCUCAGCCAAGCAGCAUGGCGGCCCCGGUGCUGUCGCUGACCUGUCUGGUGCUCCUGAGUCUGGUCAGUGUCUCCUCUCAGUUCCAGUGGUUCAGGUUUCUAUGGGUCCCAGAGACGACCUCAUCUGCUCCUGCUGUCACUACACCUGUACCCACCACUACAGCACCAGAGGAGAGCACAGCCCCUGUCUUCCCAGCCUCCCCUCCUCAGCCCACAGAGGGAUUCAGCAAAGCCAGAGCUAAGAAACCUCUCAGAAUGUGGAAGAGUGAGCGAGGGUCCAAGGGUCACCUAGUCCUGACUGAGCUAGUUGGUGUUCCUCUUCCUCCAUCUGUGUCCUUCAUCACUGGCUACGAGGGUUUCCCUGCUUACAAUUUUGGGCCUAAUGCUAAUGUAGGUCGACUGACCCAAUCCUUUGUACCUGAGCCCUUCUUCAUGGACUUUGCCAUUAUUGUCACCAUCAAGCCCUCCAACUCUCGAGGAGGGGUUCUGUUCGCCAUCACAGAUCCCUCCCAGAUGAUCGUCCACUUGGGCUUGGCGCUGACACCUGUGGAGGAUAAGACCCAGAGGAUUGUACUUUAUUACAGCGAGCCAGGGCUUGCAGACACCAUGGAGGUGGCUUCCUUUAAAGUGCCUGAUAUGACACAGCAGUGGUACCGCUUUACGCUGACGGUCGAGAACGAGGAGGUUCGGCUCUAUAUGGAUUGUGAGGAGUACCACAGCGCCCCCCUGAAGAGAAGCCAGCAGCCCCUUAGCUUUAAGCAAGGCUCAGGUAUCUUUGUGGCAAAUGCGGGCAGUACUGGCCUGGAGAGAUUUGUGGGGUCUAUUCAACAGCUGGUAAUAAAACCGGACCCUAGGGCAGCGGAAGAGCAGUGUGAGGAGGAUGACCCCAGCUUGCAGGCCUCCGGGGACAGAAGUGGUGAUGGUGAUUAUGAUGAAGAAGAACAUGGGAGACAUGAAGUAAUCUUCGGUCAGACAAAUGUGAGAGAAGACAAAGAAAAGACAUAUAGACCCACAUAUCCUGUCCAAGCUCCGCCCACUGUGUCACCUGACAUGGACGAAGGGGAGUUUUCAGGACAUGUGACCCCGAUAGACGAAAGGCUGCUUAGAGGGACUUAUAAAACAGAUGAAACAGGGGAGAGUACAGGGGAUAGUUCUGGCCAGGGGCUAAAAGGGGAGCGUGGAGAACCUGGACCUGCAGGCCCCCCAGGACCCCCCGGAUCUCCUGGACCAUCUCUCCCACCCACACAUUCAGGUCAACCUGGACAGAGAGGCCCUCAAGGUCCAAUGGGUCCACCAGGAAGACAAGGCAGACCAGGGAAAGAUGGACAACCCGGACACAAAGGUGAAGAAGGAAAACCAGGGCAGAGAGGACCUCCAGGACUUCCAGGAUUACCUGGAGAAUCUGGAGUCAAAGGAGAAAAGGGUGAUUCUGCAGUUGGUCUGCCUGGUCCACCAGGGCCUCCCGGACCACCAAACCAAUCCAAACCAAUUAAAGUUCCAUAUGGAUUUGAUGCUCUCGGCUCUGGAUUUGAAGAUGUUGACAUUGAUACAGAACGUCUUAGAGGUCCACCUGGUCCUCCAGGGCCUCCAGGGAAACCUGGCCCUCCUGGUCCUAAUGGCCCCUUAGGGGCUUUGCUGCCUGGACCACCAGGCACCCCUGGCAAGGAUGGCAGAGAUGGGCAACCUGGACUUCGUGGGCUUCCUGGUCCGGAUGGCUUAACUGGACAACAGGGUCCCAAAGGAGCAAAGGGUGAACAAGGAAUGAGAGGGCCCUCUGGACCUAAGGGUGAAAAUGGUGACCCUGGCCUUAUUGGUCCUAUGGGACCGAGGGGUGUACCUGGACCACCUGGCAUUCCUGGUCCUCCUGGCCCACCAGGACCUUUAAGCAAUGACAUGAUGAACACUUUGAAGGAUUUGGAGGGUUCUGGUGAAAGUGGAUUGUUUCUCGGAGCUGGAAUUUCAAAAGGCUAUCAUGGGCCUCCUGGUAUACCUGGCCCACCAGGACCUCAGGGACUUCCUGGUGCUGAUGGAGCCCCCGGUUUGUCUGUAAAGGGUGAAGCAGGAUCGCCAGGACAGGAUGGAAUACAAGGAUUAGCUGGUUUACCAGGUGCCAGGGGGCCAAAGGGGGACAAGGGCAGUCCAGGAGAGAAGGGUGAGCGAGGUCGUGAUGGACUGAGCAUCACAGGGCCUCCCGGUCCCCCUGGCCCGCCUGGACCGAGCAUUAACUUCCAGGAUCUCCUUCUUAAUGAUACUGCAGCCAAAUUGAACCUCACUAAGAUCAGAGGACCUCCAGGCCCUAUGGGCCCUGAAGGCUUGCCUGGCAGAGCAGGAUUCCCUGGCCCAAGAGGACCAAAAGGUGAAAUUGGGUUUCCUGGCAUUCAAGGACCUCCAGGACUGAAGGGAGAAAGGGGGGAGCCAGGUGUAUCUAUAGCUGCUGAUGGCUCUGUAAUACCAGGCCUGAGAGGACCCAGAGGACCAAAGGGAAUGAAGGGAGAUAUUGGCCCCUCUGGACAGCCUGGGAUUGUGGGGCCGAUUGGACCACCUGGGCAAAAAGGAGAAUAUGGACUUCCUGGUCGACCAGGCAGGGCUGGAAUAGCUGGAAGGAAAGGAGACAAGGGAGAUUCUAGUGGUCCCCCUGGUCCACCGGGUCCACCUGGACCUCCAGGGCCAUCAGGACGAGUAAUUGGUCUCAAUGGAACAGUUUUCCCAGUUCCUCCUAGACCACACUGCAAAAUACCAGUCAACAACAACAAUUCACAACAAGGCAAUGGAAGAGCAUCAUUAGGAGUCAAAGGGGACAAGGGUGAUGUGGGAAGUCCUGGGUUGCCAGGAACUGCAGUGCCUUUGUUUCCUCAUGGUUAUGUGGGUGCUAAAGGUAAUAAUGGCCACAAGGGGCAAAAUGGAGAAAAAGGGGAUCCAGGUUUGCCUGGCCCACCAGGGCUGCCUGGGAGGACAGGCCUUGUGGGACCGAAAGGUGACUCUAUUGUUGGUCCUCCUGGGGACACUGGUCCCCCGGGCCAUCCAGGACUGCCUGGCUAUGGAAUUCCAGGACCACAGGGGCCACCAGGACCUCCUGGACCAGCAGGCACUCCAUCCGCAUAUGGCUCUGCUGUGAGUCUCCCUGGACCUCAAGGUCCUCCAGGGCCGCCUGGUGCACCUGGCCAUGGAAACCCUGUGAGAACAUAUAAAAACAGUCAGACCUUGAUAAGAGAGACCAGUCAGGCUGCAGAAGGGACUCUGGCAUAUGUUCUAGACAAGAGUGAACUGUAUAUCAGGGUACGAGGGGGCUGGAAGAAAGUUGAGCUAGGAGAGCUAAUCCCAGUUCCUCAAGACAGUUCCUCAUCUGCUUUGUCACAAGGCCUGAGCAGACCCAGCGACCGCAGUGUACCUAGAGUUCAUAGUCAGGAGUUGAAGAGCUUCCUGCCAGACCAUGUUUUUCUUCAGAAUGCGCACUCAAUGCCAGCGUUGCACCUGGUGGCACUCAAUGCUCCGUUCACAGGGGACAUGCAUGGAAUCCGAGGGGCAGAUUAUCAGUGUUACCAGCAAGCCCGUGCCAGGGGCCUGACAUCCACUUACAGAGCUUUCCUCUCCUCUCACCUACAAGACCUUUCCAGCAUCGUCAAGAAAGGGGACCGCUUCGGCCUGCCAGUGGUGAACCUCAAAGGAGAUGCGCUUUUCGGCAGCUGGAUGGCUAUGUUCUCUGGCGACGGGGCUGUUUUUGAUCCACUUACACCGAUUUAUUCCUUUGAUGGACGAAAUGUCAUGACAGAUCAAGCUUGGCCUCAGAAACUGGUGUGGCAUGGCUCGAAUACCGCGGGCAUCCGAAUGACAACUAGCUACUGUGAGGCCUGGCGGACGGGUGACAUGGCGGUGACGGGACAGGCGUCUCUUCUGCAGACUGGCAGACUGCUGGGGCAGCACACGCGUAGCUGCUCAAACCACUUCAUUGUGCUUUGCAUUGAGAACAGCUACAUCCAGAACCCUGGAAGGAACUAGAAAGCUGAAAAUUUU